UAUAUCACAAAUCGUCUCGCACGAGUCAGUUGCAAAUUGACUCGUUAAGAGCGUGUGUCAGUGACCAAUGCACAAACUUUUAAGUCUUAAAUAAUCCGAAAGAAACAACUUUAUAUACUUUAAUGCAUUUUCAUCUAUAAAUAUGGAUUCUCAAGUUAGUGUUGUAAUUAUUGCGUUUUUAUGUAUAUUGGGGACAAAUGCCGAUACCCCGUGUGCAGCUCGCCCUAUCGCCGGCAAGUCGGUGGUGUGCGUGUGCAACGCCACCUACUGUGAUACUGUCAACAGGGAGACUCCUGCCCCGGGGAAGUAUGUUCUAUAUGUCAGCUCACAGAGCGGGCUUAGAUUCAACAAAAGUAGCGACUUUUUGAAACCUUUGAAUAAAACUGAAGUAGAAUGCAGUACAGCCACUCUUCUAUUGCACCCGGAGACGACAUACCAGACUAUCGAGGGGUUCGGGGGAGCCGCCACAGACGCCGCCGGCAUCAACUGGAGGAAUCUGUCCGAACCGCUGCAGAAGAGACUUAUUGAUUCGUACUUUAGCGACACCGGUCUGCAGUACAGCAUGAUCCGGGUUCCCAUCGGUGGGACUGACUUCUCUACGCAUGCGUAUGCUUAUAAUGAACUGCCGAUUAACGAUACUAAGCUGACAAACUUCUCACUUUCCUAUGAAGAUUAUCAAUAUAAGAUACCAAUGAUAAAGGCGAGCAUGCAAGCGUCCAGCACCCCCAUCCACGUGAUAGCUACGACCUGGUCUCCGCCGCCCUGGAUGAAGACCAACAACGCGUACACGGGCUACAGCCGCCUCAAGCCUGAGUACUACCAGACAUACGCCGAUUAUUAUUACAAGUUUAUAGAGAAGUACACAGGCGCGGGCAUCCCGAUCUGGGGCAUCACCACCACGAACGAGCCGACAAGCGGACUCAUCGGGUUCUGCAACUCCAUCAACUGUCUCGGCUGGACGGCAGCCAAUAUGGGUAACUGGAUUGUUAAUAAUUUGGGUCCGACAAUACGUAACUCCACGUUCAAGGAUCUUAAGAUAUUGAUAGGGGACGAUCAGAGGCUAACCAUUCCGUACUGGACUAAUUUGAUGGUGGUAGAGAAUCCUAAAGUGUUGUCCUACGUGGACGGUGUAGCGGUGCACUACUAUACCGACUUCAUAGCACCAGCGUCGAUACUCACGGAGGUCUCGAAGUUCUAUCCUGACAAAUUCAUAAUCGCUACUGAGGGGUGCGAAGGCACAUUUUGGAAAGAGCAGCAUCAUGUAGAUUUAGGCUCGUGGUUACGAGCUAAGAAGUACAUCACUGACAUUAUUAUUGAUAUGAACCACAACCUAGUAGGCUGGAUAGAUUGGAACAUGUGUUUGAACAUCCACGGAGGUCCGACAUACAUUGGGAACUUCGCAGACUCGCCCAUCAUCGUGUUUCCCGAGACAGGAACUUUCGUGAAGCAGCCAAUGUUCUACGCCAUGGGACACUUCUCCAAGUUCGUGCCGCGAGGGUCGCGCAGGAUCAAAGUGACGCACAAGUGCCGAUGGGGAAAGUCAGUUUGGAAUGUGGCUUUUAUAACCCCAAGCAAUACUGUAGUUGUGGUGCUUUAUAAUGACGGUAAAGCAGGAACAGUGAACUUACAAUUGGGAGACAAGCAAGCUGUGAUCGCAAUGGAAGCGCACUCGGCUGCGACCAUCGAGAUACCUUAUGAACAGUGAUAGGAUACGGUGAGAACAUACAUAGUUUAUGUAUAUUUUUUAGACUUUAGAGUGCUUAACAUAGUUACGUAGUUUUCUUACAUAGUUGUACACAUUGAAGUGAAGCUAAAAAAAGCAUGUUAAAUAUAGAACAAGCUAACAAAUUUUUUAGGCACACAAAAUAAAAUAAGCUGUCGAUUAGAUUUUAUAUCAUAUUUAUAGUGAAGUGAAGUGACAAAAUAAAAAAGCCUAUUUGUUCCUAUGGUCACCUUCUAGUGUAAUUAUCAGACUGUCAAGAAAAUACUCGAUUAUUUAAUUAAAUACCUAGGUAUUUAGGUAAUAGUGUUGUAAAUAGUUAGUUGUCGAAUCUAAAUCAUAUUACUUUACUUUGUUUUUUUUUUUUAAGUUUUUAAGAUGUUCUAAUAAAGAACCGAUGGUAAUUUAAUAAAAAUGAGUUUAAUUACUAAA